AUGCGCUUUCAAACUUUCGCAGUUGCCCUCCUGGCGAGCGGCAUCAGCGCCCACCCUGGCCACGACGUCAAGGCUGAGGCUCUUGAGCGCCGUGAGGCACUUUCCAAAGUCGGCAAGCGAUCGCUCAGCCACUGCUUCAAGAGGUGGGAAGAGAGCGGCCUAAACGCCCGUAAUCAUGAGCGCCGUUCUGCUAUUGUCGAGGCAGAGCGCGAGAACCGCCGUAAGAAGCGCAGUCUCAACGAUGUCUUGAACAAGAGCCAUGAUAUGACAUCAAAGGGGUAUACAACUGACACUCCUGCUGAUACUCUUUUCUCUGGCAUCAACUCUUGCAUCUUGACCCCCGAAGUGACUCAAGGCCCUUACUAUGUCUCCGGAGAGGACAUUCGAGUCAAUAUUGUUGAGUCCCAAGCUGGCCUUGAUACUAUCCUCGACUAUCAGGUCAUCGAUGUCGACACUUGCGACCCAGUCCCAGAUGUCUAUCUUGAGAUGUGGCACUGCAACUCCACCGGAGUCUACUCAGGCGUCAACGCUCAAGGAAACGGCAACUCCGCUGACACUUCCAACAUCUAUAACACCUGGCUCCGUGGUAUCCAGGAGACAGACUCGGAUGGAGUCGCCCAAUUUGAGUCCAUCUUCCCAGGCCACUACACUAGCCGUGCCACUCACAUCCACAUCAUGGUCCACACUGGUGCCACCCGCUACGACAACGGCACCCUUGGAAACGACAUCAAGGCCAGCCACGUCGGCCAGGCUUUCUUCGAUCAGUCCCUCAUCACCAAAGUCGAGCUCCUGUCCCCGUAUAGCACUAACCGUCAGCAAUUGACCACCAACGCUGCUGACUCCAUCCUGGCUGAGGAGACGCGAACUGACGGAGUGGACCCGGUCAUGGAGUUUACGCUCCUCGGUGACGAUGUUAGCGACGGACUGUUUGCUUGGAUCGCGUUUGGCAUUGAUACUUCCAGAUCUCAGGAUAUUGAACCUGCUGUGUUCCGAUACAAGGAAGGGCCUGUCACAAACCCCAACUCUGGAGGAGGCGGUGGCGGCGGCGGCGGCGGUCCUCCAUCUUGA